AGCAAGGCAAGGCGAGCAAAGUGGAACCAGGAAGGAAAUUCGACCUCCUGCAGUGUGGCUCCUCACGCUGAGGCGACCAAAUGGCUAACCAUAAAAGGUUCAUUAUGUUGCAAGAUCCGUUUGUCGUGAGAUAAUAUCGAUUAUAUUAACAAGAGACAGUUUGCAGUGUGUAAACGGAUUGUGGUGGGCUACAGUUUUUGCCUCGAGGAGGCACGUUUUGUUUCGUUUGCAGCGUCGUGUUCCGAAGGAACUAGCCUACUAGAUAGCCAACAAGCUAACUAAUUAAUCAGCCUGUUCGCUCAAACGGAAUUUGCAGGCGCUAGCAGCUAGCUUAUCAGCAAGCUAGCAAACCUGACCGAUUUUCUUACUGCAGCUAACGUUAAGUUACCUGUGAAGCUAACGUGAACUGCGUGUUUUGCUGUGUGAGUCUGCGACAGGUCUAAGCAGGACUGCGACACGUGACAGCGGCGAUGUCCAAGCCCCCAAACUCCCCCUCGCGCUCGCGCUCCAGGUCGGCCUCCCGGUCCAGGUCCCGGUCGUACACGCGAUCCCGGUCCAGAAGCCGCUCCCGUUCCAGGAAGCACCGGUACAGCUCCAGGUCUCGGUCCCGAUCCAGGUCUCAUUCUCCGUCCCACGGCCGUGAGCGUAACUACCCCAGCCGUGACUACCAGAACAACCGCGGGGGCUACAGGGGCUACAACCGGGGCUUCCGCCGGCCUUUCUACCCCCGGGGUCGAGGCCGCGGCUUCUAUCCCCGCCGCUUCCAGCGCGGCGGUGGCAACUACGGCUACCGCAACAACAACUGGCAGGGCGACUACAAGAACCGCGACCACCAGGGCCAGCACGACUCGUACCGCGACCACAGCCCUCGCCGCGGCCGAUCCGGUCCCGCUUUUGCUUCGCCCGGCGCCCGCUCCGGCAGCCGAUCGCGGUCCCGCUCCUACCGCUCGUCGUCGGGUCACUCACGGCACUCCAGCUCCUCGUCCCGCUCCUCGCGCUCCCCGCGUCGCCGCGCCGACAAGCGCGCCUCCCGCGACAGAAAGCGGCAGCAGCAGCAGCAGCAGCAGCAGCAGGAGGAGCGUCGCUCGGCUCCAGAGCCAGCAAAGAUGAAGCCGCAGGAGGAGCAGGGCAUCAUCAUCAUCAGCUGCAGCAGCGUCCACCUUACCCAACGAACCCCCCGGCGGCAGCAGCAGCUCGCUGGACCGCAGCAAGUGGAAGGGCCUGACUGAUACGAAACCAGCCCCAAACUGACCGGCAUCGGAGCCAGGCCCGGAGCCUCCAUGGGCGCCUCAGCCGGUUCCGACACGAAGAACCCCACUGGGCUCUGGAGGACCAUCGGCCAGGUCAAUCCGCCUGACCAGAGCCCUCCCAAAUCGUCCGCAGGCUCCGGCGGGGCAUCAUCAGCCACAACUGGCUUCGGUUUCUUUUCCAAAGGAGAGCGUCCCGGAGACAAGAACCCGAUCUCAACAGCUUUCAAGAAUCUGUGUGCAGCUACAAAGAGCCUUGGAAGAAUUCAGGUUAAAAUGGAAGCCGUAGAAAGAAACACACUGCUCAUUUCAAAAGCAAAAUUACAAAACUCCCAAAACUUGCCGGUGCUAUGCGUUAAAGUGGAAGUUGUUUCCCAGUUUUUAGCAGAGCAAGGCAAAAAAACCGAGGAACGUGAGAACGGGCGUGAAGGUGAGCCCACAUCCACGGCCGACGCAGAGAGCGGAGGGGCCAAAGCCUCGUACGACCCGAGCCCAGGCUACAGCGCCACCAAAUCCGACAAGAGCCUGCCCUUCCUGGACGAGGACUUGGACCUGGAGUUCAGUCAGGAGCGGAAGAGCGAGGUCAAGCCGCCGUCCUCGCUGACGGCCCGCGACCUCGCCGAGGAGCGCUUCGGCAAGUGGGACGACUCCGACUACCCCUCCACCAACAAGGAGCCUCCGGAGGACGUGGAGGAAGAGCUUCAGCACAUGGAGGAGGAGAUGUACCUCAGCCGCAAGCAGGCCCGGGGCAAGGAGGAGCGCAGCGCUAAGAAGAAGGAGAAGAAGAAGAACCGGGUGAGCCCCACCUCUCCUACGCCGGCCGCCAGGGGUGCCCCUGCCGCGGAGGGCCGCACGCGUCCACUUUUCCCCGUAGGGAGAGACGACUCGCCCCCGUCCAGAACAGGGAAGAGGGAGGAGGAAUUUGCCAACUUUACCAUCAAACCUUACCAGGACGAGGGAGAAGGUGGUAGCACGUCAGGCUCGAUGGCUAAAGAGCGACGUUUGUCUCGUGACCUGGUCCACCCGAGUAAGAAAGACCAGGAGUUCCGCUCCAUCUUCCAGCACAUUCAGGCCGCGCAGCUGCGCCGGAGUCCCUCUGAGCUCUACGCUCAGCACAUUGUCACCAUCGUACACCACAUCAAAGCGCAACAUUUCCGCUCGUCUGGAAUGACUCUAAAUGAGCGCUUUGCCAUGUACCAAAGACGGGCCACUGAGAUGGAAAUGCUGAAGCCAAAGAAAAGCCCAGAGAUCCACAGGAGAAUUGAUGUGUCUCCCAGUGCUUUUAAGAGGCACGCUCACCUGUUUGAGGAUUUCGAGGAGAGCAGCUACAAGGAGGGUAAAAAAUAUGAGGGCGACCUGCGUCUGGACAUUGAGAGGCGUAAAAAGUACCCCCCUAAGGACCGCGAGCACAAGCGGGAAGGGGGCAAGGGUUCAGGGGGCUCCCAGGGUCCCAGCAGAGAGCGCUCCCCCGAAAAAUCCUCCAAACACCACAAAAAGUCCAAGAAGAGCAAGAAAAAGCGAGAGAGGUCUCCCUCCUCAUCCUCCUCCUCUUCCUCCCCCUCCCCCUCCUUCAGGGGUAAGGAGUACAUGGGGGAGGAGAUGGAGCAUAUGGAGGAGGGGGGGUACGGCAAGAUGCGCAUGGGGGGGCCCCGAGAUUACCCUAUGGACCGGGGUCCCCGCGACCCCACGAGAACCCCACGGGCGACAGGGGCGUGGGCCGUGGGCGGCACGGACGGCCGGGGGGUUCUGACGGGCGGGUGGGGGGGAUUUCAACCAAGGAUAAGAGGCAGAGGAUGGGGAAGAGGUAAUUACCCUGGCAACAAUAACAAUGGAAACCCGCAGCAGAUGGGGGGCCCGCCAGUGCGUCCCCCUGAGGAGGAGUGGGACCCGGAGUACACCCCCAAGAGCAGGAAGUACUACUUGCAUGAUGACCGUGACGGGGAGAACAAGUGGGUGGACAUGCGAGGACGCGGCCGUGGCGGCCCUUACCCCCGUGGGCGAGGCUUUGUGUUUCGUAAGGGUACCGGCGGUGGCAGCCCCAAGUGGACCCACGACAUGUUCCAGGGCUCGGAAGAGGGCGAGCUGGGCGACAGCAACGGUUCUGACGUCAACCACAAGGAAGAGGAUAAAGCCGGAGACGCCGCCAUGUCAAAGAUGUAACUUCGACGCGACAUGCUGUCCACCACAGUCCCCCCAGUCCCUUACUAUCCCCACCCCACCCCCCUCUUCUUUUGGAAUUUUCAGAUUUGUUUUAAGAUUGUAUUUGUAUUUUUUUGUGUUAUUUUGUUUUGUUGUAUUUUUUUUUACUUCUAAAUGUGUAGCCAUUGCAGCACAAAUAGACUCGCAUGUGAUUCAGCCGGUGUAGUUAACGCAUCAGAAGAAUGUAACUGUCCUGUGGACUAUAGUGCCACUGACUGUGGAGAUUUUAAUGGAGGGAGGGUUAUUAUUGGUUUAAAUGUAGAGCAAAAGACCUUGUAACUUCUUUGCCUUUUAUCAGAGAUCUUUGCUGUUGUUGUCGUUUAGAUUUAUGCAAUACUUGGUAUAUACUUUUUUUUCCUUUUUUCUCAGCUGUUUAAAAAGCUAUGGAUCAUAAUAAACAGUUGUAUUUUGAUACAGCUUGUGAUUGACAAAUAUUAAUUCAAAACAUUUUUGUUUCUUUUAUCAUUUAAAGCACACUCACUGUUUUUGUUUUGUGUUUUCUAAGUAGGCAGAGGGGAUAAAGUAUCUGUGCCUUAGAGAUGACAACCAUACAUGCUGUACGUAUCUCAGUUUUGUAUACGUACCUCUACUAAUGUAUUUCUUAAAGGUUAUUUUGAUAGGGUUUUUUCUUUUUUUUUCUUUUUGUCUGUUUGUUUGGGAAUAUGUGUCGUGUCUGGGGGUGUGGCGAUUUUAGCCCUGCCCCUUCUGCUCUGGGACCAAUACACUGUGAGCUGCCUGAAGGAGCUCCACCCCCUGUCAGUGUCAUUCAAACAAACCCCCAUUAAACUGUACAGGUUCAUUCUUGUGUUCAUUCAUAAUGAUAUCCACAGUCUUUUUAUGUUUAUAAUUACAUUUAAUGCUGUUAUUUUAGUCUGAAACAGUUUCAGCAGUGAAAACUAACUGAAUAUUGAAGAACUCAUAGUGUGGAGUGACUGACGUGUCAUUAUAUAUAUCUAUAUAUAUAUAUAUCUAUUUUCUUUUUCUUCCAGUUAAAAAAUAAUCCUGUGAUCCCAGUCAUAUUAUAACAGAUAAUAUACCCUCCAAGUGUAUAUAGUUUAUUUACAUAAACGACGUCAAACAUUGAUAUAGAUGCUUGUAUUACAGAGUUAUUGUGGCCUUUGUAUGAAUAGUGUUGAAAGUGAACAGUGGGCCUAUGCAGUUUUGUCUGUUAUAGUUCAAAGAAAUGUCAAAUAAGAGCUUGAGCUUUUUCUUGCCCCCAUAACUCCCACCCAACCCCGACUCAAGAGAUGUGUUGAUGUGAAGGGAAACUGGAUGCACAGUCCUGCGCCUCCUCGUGUGCAAAACAGAUUGUACUGUGUGUAGGGCCGUCUCCGCUGGUCGUGCUUUUGUGUUAGCUAUUGUACUCUACUUUCUGUAGAACUGUGACUCUUAUUUCUUUUCCCUUUGCAUAUCUAUUGAUUUAUAGCUAUGUGAAUGAACCUCUUUUCCCCCGGUGCUUGUAGAAACGUCCCUCCAGUGAUUUUUUUUUUUCCAAUAAAUCAGUUUAUGUAAACUUCA